ACUGACAACACAAUUAUGCACAAGGAACCUGCAAUUAUGCACAAGGAACCUGCCUACCUGCAGAAACUAAUAAACAAAAGGAAAUACGGAGAUUCCUGUUACAUCAUUUACGACUUCGAGAUAAAAGCAAUCAGUUGGCCUACAUGUAGAAAGAAUGUAGCCUGCAGGGGAAAAAGAUGAACUGGUAUGUAAACAACGAAAUCGUAGCAGAUUCAGAGGCCAUGAAGAAGUCCAGUUCAAAAGGUAAUGCGCGCCUAAGCAUUUAAUGUCGCGUUUUCCGUUAAAAGCUCAGCCCAAAAGUAACGGAAAGGCUCUCUUUAUCUGCUGAUCUGGAGCCCCAUCAUUCUUCAUGAUACUUUUGUGUUGUUCUGCAAAUCUGAAAGCAAACUCCGCCGCUCGCCCUUUUCGAUUUUUAAAGCAAUGAGGAAAUGCUGUCACUGAGCCUGGUUCGAUCCCUGGUCCUCCGAGACGACGGAGACCGCCGGAAUUCUUUGCGCAAGGCGGUUCUUUACUUGCCCAAGCAGCCCAAAUGGAGGAGCCGGAGCCGGAAACUGAGUCUGAGCAUGGGCAAUGGCAGAGACUUCCCGUAUUUGGUGUUCGUGCCGACGGAGGAAGUGGUGAAGGAUGAGCUCCGGGUGGCCGAAAUAGCUCGGGAUGUGGGCAUGGAAUUCUGCGGGGACUUAAUCAAUGGCCGCCUCAUAUAUUCGUGGCCUGGCAUGGCCGCCCGUGAGUCUGUCUGGCUGCCCUUUCCUCACUUGACUGAUGCCUGCCCUCAACAGCUUCAUGAAUUUGUAACCCUCAGCAGAGGCCUCUUUAGGGUCGAAAAUCUUCCGUCAAAUAAUAGAAGCCCUGUCGCUUAUCCGCGCAAGUCCUCGCUUGCUGUGCGCAUCAGCAGGGAAUUUGUCGAUAGUAUGGAGAAGUUCACCAGAAUUCUGGCAGGCCGUGGGUGGAGCGUUUUCAAUGUUACUAGUUCUGUGGAUAAGGAGGUUUUUGUUUACAGAAAGAUUGAUUAUAAGCUUCGGCUCCAGUGGGAUGGCUUGAACCCUACGCCUUCCCCUGCCUAUAGGGCUCGAGAGCUGCGGCUUCCUCGUCUGGAUCUAACAAAUGCCCGGACCGAGGUUUUAGAGUAUAUUUUGCUAAUGACGGACGAUCUUUUCUAUUUGACGCAGAACAAGCCCCCUGUUAAUUCUUCCAGAAGGAGCUUUUCUAGUUACUAAUAAAACUCUAACUUGAUUGACCUCUGAUUUAAAGAAAGCAACGAUUGUAUCAUUCCAUUCGAUCUCUGAACAGGUACUGGAUGUAUAAUGCUUUUAUAUGUACCUAGAGAUGGAUCUACAUCGUUUUUACAAAAUUGUAUAUAUUGUAUUGCUGGACUUUCUUAUGCCGAAUGGUGGCAUUAAAUACUAUUUAAUGUCAUUCUUGUUAUUCGAA